GGCUUCUCCAGCGCGCUCACCAAGAACAUCGUGGCCAUGCUGGUGUGGCUCGUGCUCAGCGUCAUCAACGGCAGCAUGGUGCACACCUUCCUCCGGCACAGCCUCUUCUAUGAGAACCCGCGGUACAUCAUGUUCAUCUGCAUGGUGAUCAACGACGCUCUGCAGCUCAGCCUCGUCACGGCGCUGUACGUGGUCAGCUACAUCUUCAGGAAGAUCCACGCCUCCGUCUGCUGUUUCCUGAUCAUGACGGCGGUCUUCACCACACGCUCCACGCCCCUCAUCCUGGCCGGCAUGGCGUUGGAGCGCUACCUCUCCAUCUGCUUCCCGCUGCACUACAACCACAUGUGCACGGUCCCGCGCACCGUCCUCCUCAUCGGCAUCAUCCUCCUCCUCACCGCCACGCCGCCCCUCACCGACCUGUUCAUCACCGUGGUCCACCAGCCCGUGUCCUUCUUCAACACCCCCAUCUUCUGCGAUCACCCGCUGCUCUUCCGCCACCCGUCCAUCUACUACAAGAACUGUGUGUUUGACGGGGUGUACCUGUCCUGCGUGGCGCUGACGCUGCUCUACACCUACUGCAAGAUCAUGCUGACGGCGCAGGCGGCCUCCACCGGCCUGGCCUCCGUGAAGAGGGCCAGGAACACCGUGCUGCUCCACGGGCUGCAGCUGCUGCUCUGCAUGCUGGCCUUCGUGGUUCCCUCCCUUCAGGCGGCUCUCAUCUCCCUCUUCCCACACUUCAGUCUGGAGAUCCGCUACGUCUUCUUCCUGGUCGUCUACAUCAUCCCCCGCUUCCUGAGUCCCGUCAUCUACGGCUUCCGGGACGAGCAUUUCAGGAAGUACUGGACCCGGUACCUGUCCUGCCGGGGGAAGACUGUCUCCAGGGUCAGACCGGUGCUGCAGAAAGGGACCCUGUAG